GCGACAAUCAUUCUCCUGCAGGAGCAGCGCAAACUAAACACACUGCAAUUCUCUCGUGUCCUUUUUUAAAAGGGAACUGAGAGAGCCAGGUCUGACCAUGAGGAACAGACUUUGAAAAUAAGCUGGAGCAUGAUUUGUCUUUGUCAAGCAUCGUCAGGAGACAAUAGCAUUAUUCUGCCAAUGGAACUGUGGGUUUCGUCCUCGGCGAUCGUUUUGAACCUAUAAAUAUAAUUCAUUCAUUGAUAACCGUAAUCAAAAGCUUCGGAAAUAAUUGCUCCUUUGACGGGCGCGCGCAGAAAGAGGUGGUGGCGGUGAGCAGCCUUCAUAAUUAUGGAAGAAAAUGCUCGUCCAGACCCAGAGCGCCCUGAAGACUCCAGCCGAGGUCAGGAGUCCAACGGGGCCCUGCUGCCUCUCCUCCAGCCACCUGGCAACCAGCAGUCCCACCGGAUCACCAACUUUUACAUUGACAACAUUUUAAGACCGGGUUUCGGCCGAAAUAGGAAGGAUGGGACCUCGGUCCAGAAGGAAGGCACUCUGGCAGGACCCAUACGAAGAGAGGAGCUGAAGGAGAAAAGGGCUUUCAAAACAACUGGCAACCCGCAUCAGGAUGGAGCGGGAGCCGAGAGCAAGGAGGACAAGCGAGCAUCUGACGGACAGCCUUCGGAGUCUGAGGACAGGAGUUCCGCAGCUGAAGGCCGGGGGAGCGGCGGGGACGGCGCGGCCCGCACAGCUAAACCUAUGCUGUGGCCAGCCUGGGUUUAUUGUACCCGCUACUCAGACCGUCCAUCGUCAGGGCCCAGAUGCCGCAAACCGAAGAAGACGCCGACCCCCAGUAAAGAGGACAAGCGGCCCCGCACAGCCUUCACCGCGGAGCAGCUCCAUCGCUUAGAAAUUGAGUUUCAGAACAACCGGUACCUCACCGAACCGCGGCGGCAGAGUCUGGCCCGGAACCUGGGCCUCAACGAAUCCCAAAUCAAAAUCUGGUUUCAGAACAAAAGGGCCAAAAUCAAGAAAGCAGCCGGAAAUAAAAACUCCCUCGCGCUGCAUCUCAUGGCACAAGGGCUUUACAACCACUCAACGGCCAAGGACGAGCAGUCUGACAGUGACUGAAGACGACGCGAGCGCGCAGUGGAAACGCUCGGAAACAUGCAGUAAACCACUUUAACACCAGCAUUUAUUUUUAAAACCCGACCAGAGACUUAAGUUCUGCCUCAAAGUCUGUGUGUGUGCGUGCGUGCGUGUGUGUGUGUGUGUGCGCGCGCGCCUAACACAAAGUGUGUAAGCUUCUGGGAUCAAAAAUGACUUUUAACCCAUACUGUUGCCCAGGCAACGUGUCAUGUUUACGAUACACUAUUCAGUGAUGUGGCUCUGACAGUGAGUGCAUGAGAGGGUGACAGAGCAGUUCAUAACAUUAACACACAACUGAGCCUUGACUGUCAAUAAAAAAAACAAAUAUAUACACACACACACACACCAUUUUAAAUGGAUAUUUUAUUACAGUCAUACACAAGGAACUCUUUUAUUUGGUGAAGGUCCUGGUGACAUGAGAAAAGAAUAAGACUCCAUUUGCAAAUGAAAUGUACCCUAUGGAUUUAUAUUGAAUUCCCAUAUAUGAGAUAUAUGUAGUUAUGAGGUAAACACUUAGAUGAAUAUGACACAAAUGUAUAAAACAUGCAAACUUAAACCUCUAUCUUCAUAUAUCCAGAGCAUAUCGGUGACACAUAUGACAAAAUCACAUGUAUGUCAUACAGUAUAUUACAUUUCUUUAUGGGGGAGAUGCAUUCAGAUCAAAUAACCGACGUAAACCUCCUUCUUCUCCGAUGAAAAGUCAGUCAACAACGUCCAGUAGUAGGUGAGAUGACGAGAGAACAUGUCGGCUGAUGUCAAGAAUAUGCAGAAGACGACUCUGUGCCACUCUCUUACGUCCUGGCGUGUGCUCUCAUGUGCUCCUGUGUGCUGUCUGCACAGAAUGUUGACUGUUGCCCACAUUUGCAUUCACAUAGCUGCCACCACAGCACACUGCGACCCGUGAAUCUGACAUUGACUUGAUAUGAACGAACUUUGUGUAAUGUUUCACUGUUGAACUGGACUCAUAAUUGAGUUUGAGUAUAAUAUUAACACAUUAAAACUGGAGCCUAAAGCCCUUUUAUUAAACGAUUCCCAUGAUUUCCCAAAAGUCAGGCCUUCAACAUCCAGCACAUCACAGAGCUGCUGCUGCAUGUCGCUCAGCGCCUCAGACAAGAGACAAUUCAUAUUCAUACAAUCAUCAGAAUCUAAAGCCAUGGGCAGUGUUUUCUGUUUGACUGCAUCGCGUCUAAUUCUCUGAUCCAAACCAAAUCCUUGUCGUAAGAUGCUCUGAAUGUGAGCCAGUACAUGGUUUUCUUGAAUUCAGUUCCAGAACUGAAAAAAACUCCUGCCUUAAAACUGACGUCAGUACGAGCUCAGUAUGAACACAGUCACAGAGACAGUGUGUGAGUGUGGCUGCAUUCUCAUAUUAGCAAUUUAAAAAUGAAGAUUACACGUUUAGUUGUAUUAGCUUUUCUUACUGAAGUUCUCUUUUGUAUCCUACAUGUAAAUAAUUUAUAUCAUAAUUGUGUGAUGGCAAAUAAACAACAGCAAUGCAAAUAUA